AUGGACACAGACGGCUACGAUGACGCGAAUCGCGCAUUUCUACAAGCUUUCAUGGCCCGCUCCUCCAUGACCCUCGAAGACGCCCAACCUAUCCUCGCAGCUAUCCUCUCUACUCAUGAACACCGAACCAUCGACCCCGAAGACAUAACCCAAGAACACCUCACAUCCUACAUAUCCUCCGCCAACACCGCCAUAUCCCCCUUCGACUUCGAAAUAAGAAGCACCCUCCGCCAAACCCAACCAGACCCCUCCUCCUCCUCUCCCAAUGCUGCUGCUGCCAACGACACACCACCACCGGAGCGAGUCUACGCCCUUGUAAACACAACCAGCGACCCAAUAACCCAACUAUCAACAACCUACUCCGCCGACGAAAUUGCCUUCGUAAAACGAAUCCUAGACUUCAUGUUCGACACAAACAACACUCGCCUCUGUGAAGGAAUGGCCAUAUCAUCCAUCCAAGCAAUUCAACAAGCAAAAGUCUCCGCUGCAGACCACCGCUCGCAGAAUCCAGCAACGCAAGCAACCCAAGGCGGUGCCGCGCAAAGUCUUAGUAUGACGCAGGCGGAAAAUAUGAUGCGCCAUUUGGUUGAUGAGGGGUGGUUGGAGAAAAGUCGUGCGGGUAUUUUCAGUUUGACGCCGCGCGCGCUGAUGGAGUUGAGGGGUUGGUUGAUUUUGACGUAUAAUGAUGAUCAACAGGAAGAGGGAGGAGGUUCGAGGCGUGCGGGGAGGAUUAAGUUUUGUGCUGCUUGUAAGGAUAUUGUUACUGUGGGCCAACGGUGUGGUGAACGAGAUUGCAAGGGCAGACUACAUGAUCACUGCGUCCGCAAUUUCUUUCGUAUGCAACAGGCAGAGAAAUGUCCCGUUUGCAAGCAGGAUUGGCCAGGUGAUAAGUUUGUUGGGGAGAGGGCUAUCGCUGCGUCGAAUCGGCGACAGAGUCGGAAUGUGACUUCGAAUUCGAAUGCGAGUGCGAUUGCGAAUGCGCCACGGGGGAGUGCGUCGCUUUCGAGUCCUGCACUCGGAGGAAUGGACGGGGCUGAUGAGGAGGAGGAGGAUAGUAUGGAAGAGGAGUGA